AUGAGAUAUUACAAUUUUAGUUCUUCAUCUAUAUCAGUGAACUCUUUAGUGAUAAUUUCUAAUUUGUUAGAAAAUGAAUUUGAAUCAGAUGAUAUUGAAGAGAAUAAAUUAGAAUCGCAUGGUGAAAAGAAUGAAUUAGUGUCAUUUGGGCUUGAAAAAAAUGAAUUGGAUUCAUAUGGUCUUGAAGAAAAUGAAUUAGAAAGUUGA